UCCGAGCCGACAUUGGGCGCGCGCCCAGACACACUCUCCUGGCUCGGGUUGCGAGAGAGCCACGCGGCCGCAGCGAGGUGGAGGGGCUGCGGGCCCCGAACCCAGGUCGGUCAGCGUGUAAGCGCCCCUGCCGGCCAAGCUCCGUGGGAGGUCAGCUCCCCUACCCCUCCGGCGCCAGUAGUUCCUCUCCAAGAGCUUCCGGACCAGCGGCCCGGCCGCCCCCAGAGCCAGCCUCCCUUUCCCUUCCCCAAUCCGGGAGCCUGGACCAGGGAGGGGGCGCACGUCCGACGGCUGAGGCAUAGCGGGGCGCGAGCUGGCCCAGCAGGUGCCCAUCGUCACCCUGUGGGACCUCGGCGGUGAGCUCCGUCCUCCAAGCCAGGCUUGGUCACCACCCCGGCGGGGACCCGACACCCAGCCGAGCGCGCCGCCCCCUCGGGGACCCGCUGGGCGGGGCUGAGCGAGGCUGGGAGUGCGGGCGCGGGGACGCAGGGAGAACCCAGGGCUCAGCGUCACCUCGGCUGUCUCCAGCAGAGCCCGGCACCCUCGCCCCCCGUCUCCGUUGAUUAUGCUGUAUUCAUCCAGCAGAGUUUAAAACAAUUCUCUUUUAAAAAGGCAUUUUACUCCGCGCGUCUUCCUUACAGCCAUUUAGUUGGGAGUUAGCGGUGGGCAGGGGGAGGGUGAAGAAACGCCUGCUCUGAAUCGGAAAACACCGAGAGACCAGAACAUCUCUUUCAGCAGCAGGGAAGAGAGGAGCCGUCGCGGGAGCCGCACACGUCUCCAACUCUCUAUUGCUUUUUUGCGCACAUUCCUAACUGCCUGACGUCCAUCCCAGCGGGCAGGCAUGGGGUGUUUGGGCAACAGCAAGACGACAGAAGACCAGGGCGUCGAUGAAAAAGAACGACGCGAGGCCAACAAAAAGAUCGAGAAGCAGUUGCAGAAAGAGCGCCUGGCUUACAAGGCUACCCACCGCCUGCUGCUCCUGGGGGCUGGUGAGUCUGGGAAAAGCACGAUCGUCAAACAGAUGAGGAUUCUGCACGUCAAUGGGUUUAAUCCCGAGGAAAAGAAGCAGAAAAUUCUGGACAUUCGGAAAAAUGUUAAAGAUGCUAUCGUGACAAUUGUUUCAGCGAUGAGUACUAUAAUACCUCCAGUUCCGCUGGCCAACCCUGAAAACCAGUUUCGAUCAGACUACAUCAAGAGCAUAGCCCCUAUCACUGACUUUGAAUAUUCCCAGGAAUUCUUUGAUCAUGUGAAAAAGCUUUGGGACGAUGAAGGCGUGAAGGCAUGCUUUGAGAGAUCCAACGAGUACCAGCUGAUCGACUGUGCACAAUACUUCCUGGAAAGGAUCGACAGCGUCAGCUUGGUUGACUACACACCCACAGACCAGGACCUCCUCAGAUGCAGAGUUCUGACAUCGGGGAUUUUUGAGACACGAUUCCAAGUGGACAAAGUAAACUUUCACAUGUUUGAUGUCGGUGGCCAGAGGGAUGAGAGGAGAAAAUGGAUCCAGUGCUUUAACGAUGUCACAGCGAUCAUCUACGUCGCAGCCUGCAGUAGCUACAACAUGGUGAUUCGAGAAGAUAACAACACCAACCGGCUAAGAGAGUCCCUCGAUCUUUUUGAAAGCAUCUGGAACAACAGGUGGUUACGGACCAUUUCUAUCAUCUUGUUCUUGAACAAACAAGAUAUGCUAGCAGAAAAAGUCUUGGCAGGGAAAUCAAAAAUUGAAGACUAUUUCCCAGAAUAUGCAAAUUAUACUGUUCCUGAAGAUGCAACACCAGAUGCUGGAGAAGAUCCCAAAGUUACAAGAGCCAAGUUCUUUAUCCGGGACCUGUUUUUGAGGAUCAGCACGGCCACCGGCGACGGCAAGCAUUACUGCUACCCACACUUCACCUGCGCCGUGGACACAGAGAACAUCCGCAGGGUGUUCAACGACUGUCGCGACAUCAUCCAGCGGAUGCACCUCAAGCAGUACGAGCUCUUGUGAGGGCGCUGCCGCCACCCCGCCACGGAGCGGCGCCCGGGACUGCCUGUCUGCCGGCCCACGCCAUGGUAGGAGGCAGAGUCUCUAGUUCCAUCUCGCUGCCGUCUGUCCUGUUCUGUGUCGACCACCAAGCCUCUGGCUACCUCUGUCCCCUCAGGUUUGGUUGUGUAGCUUCUGUUGUCAUUGAAUACAACCUUCCGCAGCAUCCCACCCCGAAACCACUGACUCUCACUUGCUGACACUGCAGCAGAAUCUCUCCGGGUGGGGGCCCCUUUAUUCAUUCUCAUUUAUUGAUUCAUUGAGGAGAAUCUGGUAGAUGGGGAGAAAACGCGUUUGGGUUUUUUCAUGUUAUCAAGCGUUACUGCAAGAGCGUAUGUCCAGUGCCCCCAGCCGCGGCCCUCUGAGUUUCCCUUUAUGAAGCUGCAGGCUGACGAGCAAUGGUCCCUUCCCAUCAGCCUUGGCCCAAGACUUAGAGUCGACCCCAAGCAACAGAGUGACCAGAAACCCUUUUACAGUCACAUUUGGAGUUGCUGCUGGCCUCAGGCAUUUGAAUUACAGCUACUUUGAGCCUCUUACCUUUAGGCAGAAAACCUACCACAUUCACUACUGCAAAACGUGUCCUGUCUAAAAAUGAUUCUCUAAACUUUCACUAUAUUUAGGCAUAAUCUUCUUAGAUUCUCUUUGUUGUUGUCCUAUUGCUGGUUUGUUAUACUGUACAGACCACAAAAUGUAACAUUCUUUUGUAUAACUACUAAACAAAAAUCCUUGUAGAUCUUUGUGCCUUUACCAUGGCUAUCUAUACCUGUACAUGAAAUGUGUUUGUAUUGUGCUGAAUAGCUUAAUGUCAACAUUACCUGCUGCUUACUCUGAAAAAAGGAAUGAAUGGUAGCUGUAGAAUUUAGGAUAUUUUAUCGGUUGGCACUUUAUAAAAUACUCCUUGAUUUAAAAAAUUGUAAGUUAUACACAUUCAUCAUCCACAUUCUACCAACAAUGUCGUACCAACAUCACAAGCUGUUGCAACCACCUGCUCCUACUUCUCUGAGCUGUAAAAACCUGAACUCAAUUCACUGGUACAAAUUGCAAUCUAAUCUUUUCAGAGAACCAGGGAUUUUCUUUUUCUCUCUCUCUAGACAGUAUGUUUCCUAAUUACUCUGCUAAUGAAAGACUUCUUCAACUUCCCUAAGUGGGAACAGGGCAAUGAUUCCCUUAGUCAAAACUCUGGACACAGGCUACAUCAGACAAGUAAACAAAUGGCAAGAGAAAAACAAAACAUGAUGUGUCGACGUUUAUGUCUGGCCUAAGAGAGUAAGGAUGACAGCUUCACUUGCCUUUUGAAGAAGAAACAUUGCAAAACCUUAAUUUGAAGUAUAAUGUCAAAAGAUAUGGCUCUUUCUCACCCUUGCAAGAUUUACAAAUACAGCCUCAAACAUUAUGCACACAAACAAUAUCUAGAAAGUAGGAACUGUUGUAGUGAUGACGUUUCACAUUCUAUCUGUAGCCACAGUGUUGAGGGUAGUUUUUGUAGGUCUAAAAUAAUCUGUAAAGAUGCCCAAAGUUAAAUUUUCAACAAAACAAAUCUAGAGAAGUGACAGCCUACAUUAAUUACUCGCCUCUCAGUCUUUAGUCUUUAAUAUUUUAAAGUUUACUCUAUAAAUCAGCAUUUUGUAAUCCUUUAUAAACUCAUCCAGAUUUAAAUGCUUUUUCAUGAAGAAAGGAUGACAACUUUGUAGACAGUCAGUGCAACACACACAUUUUUAUCUCAUCACCAUCUUCCUGCCCCUCCCAUCCACUGUCUCAUAAAACCCUCAGCUGAACUAAGAUAAAUGCAGUGGAAAUCAUUUUCAGUUCCCCUUGCACUCUCAAAGUAAAACAAGAAAACUGCAAAGCUACACCCCCAGCAAGAAAAGGAAGUGUGGUGUUGUAUGCAUCAUCACUCAACAAUUACCCUGUAACUAAACAUCCUGUUUAAGAGUUUAAUUCAUACAAGAGCCAGAUUUUAAGAAAAAAACAAAAAGAAUAAAUUUUAUCUGGCUUAAAAUUAUUAAAGCAUUCAUGUUCAAGUACCAAAAGCCACAUCCCGUUCCAUGCUUCGAGUCUCUUUUGAUCAUCGACAGGCAUUAUCAGAUGUAUCAACUGGGUCUCCUAUAGAGAAAAUUACACUUAUCUAAAAAUCUGAUCCAUUAACUUAUCAAGUACAAAAAUCUACAAAACAAUAUGUCCUCCACAUCACAUCUGUACUUUUUUUUAAAUAUAUUUUUUGAGACAAAGUCUUGCUCUUUCACCCAGACUGGAGUGCACGAUCUUGGCUUACUGCAACCUCCACCUCCCGAGUUCAAGGGAUUCUCCUGUCUCAGCUUCCCAAGUAGCUGGGAUUAUAAGCGAUUGCCAUCACACCUGGCUAAUUUUUGUAUUUUUAGUAGAGAUGGGGUUUCACCAUGUUGGCCAGGCUGGACUUGAACUCCUGACCUCAAGUGAUCCACCUGUCUCAGCCUCCCAAAGUGCUGGGAUUACAAGCAUGAGUCACUGUGCCCUGCCACAUCUGUACUUUUAAGGGUACAGCUUUACAGUACAUAGGAAUUUGAGAACCACUUCACAGGAAGAGGGAAACAAGCCCAAUAUUUAUGUAUACACAUAAUCUCAAUGUGUGCUGGGGUCACCAGGCCCUUCCUGGGGGAGCAAGGACUGUCGUGCAUGUGAGUGAUGACAUUAAUAGCAUUUACAUACUGUACAGAUGCAACCUUUGAUGAUACAUAUAUUUGAUAAAAAUGAGAAAACAGAUAUGUUGUAGAGUACCUGUCCAUUUUUACAGCAUGAGAACAGUACAAUCAACUAUUUAUUUUGCAGUUACUCAUUUCAGUGAUUGAGAAUUUCUGUGAUGUGCAGAGAGACAGCCUAUAAUUGGUCUCAACAUCCACUUGAUUCUAACAUGAUCUCUGCCCAAAGUUCCAUUAUUUGGGUUUUGAUAUUUGUUGCUAAGUGCAAACGUCAACUGCUCUUCACCUUGUCUUAUGCUUUCUGAGCAGGUUCAAUCCAGAAAGAAAAGGUGAGGCUAAAAGCCCAAAGUGAGUGAGUGUGAGGACCAUAAGGAAGCCCACCGCUCCACAGUAGAUGAUCAAAACCACGUGCUCACGUGGGAGGUAGCACUUGGAGAGGGCAUAGUCUGUGGGCGUGAUGCUACCCUGGAAAGGAGAAGAGAAAGUUAAGCUGAGAGCACCAGACAUAGGUUGAACACCACAGUCUUAGAAACUACAGAGGGAAGACUGCCUUCUCAGGUCCCCCUCAGGUGAGACAGGGAAGGGGCCCUCCUCACCUGAGACCAAGAGGGCCCGGCCUUCCUCCUGCACAGGUCACCCCCUGACUAGCCCAGGCUCUGGCAGGAGAGACAAGGAAGGCCCAGGCGUGCCUGGGUGGAAAAUGUCUGGGACACUGACCUCUCUGUCAAAACUGGCCCCUGGCCCACGGGGGUUCCCAUCAAAUAUAGUAGGGGAUCCAUAACAGAGAUUCAGAGAGGCACCGUGGAGUUCCAGGGUCAUCAGUCAGCGAGGAACAGGAGGGAAGGGUGUCUUCCUGCCCCGUGAUGCUCAACUAAGCAAUCGUUCCCUAGAAACACAUGUGUCUAGGUCAUCUCAGUGGGCUUUUCUUUGCAGGUACUUUUAUGUGGAAUGACAGUGGCAAAUGUUUUCAUUUACUUUGAAUCUUAAAAUGUUAGGGCUUCCUCACCUUUUUAUGAAGUAAAAGAACUUGACAUACCAGCAUCAUGAGCUGGAUGCAGGAGCCCAUGGCUGAAAGGAGUUAAAACACCCAGUGGUCAUUAACUGAAACAUUUGUAUCAACCUGCAAAGGCUGUUGCAUUCUCUGCCAGGAAAAAUGGACAUGUUUAGAAACUAGGAGAAGAUGGCUGAGUACAGCUAAUGAAUAAAUGGUUGUUUCUUUAGAAAACUAAACACACACAGAGUGUAAGAGGAGAGGACAUGGCCUUCCCUGAAGGAUAAAUUCCACCUGGACGGUGCCCUGCCCUCGUUCUUCACAGUAACCACCCAAGAAUGUCAUGCCGAUUGGUUCCUGAAAGGGUGUUUGGCAAGGGGCAGUGUAUGGACCUAAGUGUAGAGGAAAGGAAAUUGUGUGGCUUUUGUAAAUUUUUAUAGAUUGCAGCUAUUAAAUAGUUGAUUACUGUGUUGAUUUAAAUACUUAUGAAAGCUUUCAGACAAAAAUAAACUUUCACCUUACCAUGA